UGUCUGUCAGAGUUGCCUGACUCCAGAGGAUGGCAGCAGUGCAAGCGUCCGUUAAAGCCCGAAAGAAAUAGAGGAAGAAGAAGAACAAUGUGAUUUUUGUUCAGGCGCCGUCCACGUCGCGUUGUGUUGGGGUCCUGCGUGGAGGCUCGGCGCGCCAGUCCCCGCGGCUGCUGAGGCUCAAUUUCAAAAAAAAAAAAAAAAAAAAAUACGUGCGGACGUUUACAACGAUAUCAGUUCACAACAUCAAGCCGCCGGGGGGAACUUUGGAUCGGCUUUCGUCCAGCGAUGAAUCUAGAACUGCUCGAGUCGUUCGGGCAGAACUAUCCAGAGGAGGCAGAUGGCACCCUGGACUGUAUCAGCAUGGCCCUCACCUGCACCUUCAACCGCUGGGGCACCCUGCUGGCCGUGGGCUGCAACGACGGCCGCAUCGUCAUCUGGGACUUUCUCACACGGGGAAUCGCCAAAAUCAUCAGCGCUCACAUUCACCCAGUCUGCUCUCUGUGCUGGAGUCGAGAUGGCCACAAGCUGGUGAGCGCCUCCACAGACAACAUCGUCUCGCAGUGGGACGUCCUGACUGGAGACUGUGACCAGAGAUUCCGUUUCCCCUCGCCCAUCCUGAAACUACAGUGCCACCCCAGAGACAUGGACAAGGUGCUGGUGUGUCCCAUGAAGUCUGCCCCGGUGCUGCUGACCCUGUCAGACUCCAAGCACGUUGUCCUGCCCGUGGACGACGACUCAGACCUGAACGUGGUGGCAGCCUUCGACAGACGGGGCGAAUACAUCUACACGGGCAACGCCAAAGGAAAGAUCCUGGUGUUGAAUACAAACACUCAGGAGCUGGUGGCGUCUUUCAGAGUGACCACUGGCACCAGUAACACCACAGCCAUCAAAUCCAUCGAAUUUGCACGCAAGGGCAGUUGCUUUCUCAUCAACACGGCAGACCGCAUCAUCAGAGUAUACGACGGCAGGGAGAUACUGACCUGUGGCCGGGAUGGUGAACCCGAACCUAUGCAGAAACUACAGGAUCUGGUCAACAGGACUCCGUGGAAGCGCUGCUGUUUCUCCGGGGAUGGCGAAUACAUUGUGGCCGGCUCGGCCAGGCAGCACGCCCUCUACAUCUGGGAGAAGAGCAUCGGCAACCUGGUGAAGAUCCUGCACGGAACCAGAGGAGAGCUGCUGCUUGAUGUCGCUUGGCAUCCUGUCCGUCCGAUCAUCGCCUCCAUCUCCAGUGGAGUGGUCUCCAUCUGGGCUCAGAACCAAGUGGAAAACUGGAGCGCCUUCGCUCCCGACUUCAAAGAGCUGGACGAGAACGUGGAGUACGAGGAGCGAGAGUCAGAGUUCGACAUCGAGGACGAGGACAAGAGUGAACCUGAGCAGACAGGUGCAGACGCUGCAGAAGAUGAAGAGGUGGAUGUCACCACCGUUGACCCCAUAGUUGCUUUUUGCAGCAGUGACGAGGAGCUGGAAGACUACAAGGCCCUGCUGUACCUGCCCAUCGCCCCCGAAGUCGAGGACCCCGAGGAAAACCCCUUCGGCCCCCCGCCGGACUCCUCGGUCCAGGGUUCUGCCCCAGAGGAGGCAGUGGCUGGCGGCGGCGACAAGAAGCAGCGGCAGCCUUCGUCUGAAGGAGGCCCGGCCAAAAAGAAGGCCCGCACCACCACCAUCGAACUGCAGGGGGUGCCCAGUGACGAGGUGCACCCCCUGCUGGGCGUGAAGGGGGACGGCAAGUCCAAGAAGAAGACAGCGGGUCGGCCCAAAGGCUCCAAAGGUAAAGACAAAGACUUCCCCUUCCGGCCCAAACCUUACAGGGGCGAACGCCCCUCCUUCCCCGGGGAAGUCUUGGGCGGCUCUGGCCCGGGAGUUGGAGGAGUUGGAGGAGGAGGAGGAGUAGGAGGGAUGAAGGGCAGGGCAGAGGGGGGCCUGGCCACAGGGAGUCUGGUCACACCGUCGUACAAACAGCACGACAUUGGAGGGAUGGACUGAUCACUGCCGCGAACACUUGUGGAAUUAACACCAACAGGCUCAGACAAAGAGACACGAACCCCGGAUGUCUCGAACAGACUGUGAGUGAGCAGCAGCCUGUUCGCUGUUCAGACUGUUUCCUCUCAAAAACCAGCACACAGCGUCACAGGGAAACUCCUCGGCCUGGAUUACACACACACAUGCACAUGCACACACAGACACACACACACACACACACACACACACACACACACACACACACACACACACACACACACACACACACACAGAGAUGUCUGUGAGUCAUCACAGUAGAUAUCACAUGUCCGUGAGUCUCUAUAGAACGCCUGCAUCCUGAUUGUGUAACGUGUGUGUGUGUGUGUGUGUGUGUGUUGUUUUUCUCAUUGUUUUUAUACGUAUUAAAACAUUCUGAUUUAUAAGGAA